CUGUCGUCUGGUGUUUAGUCUGUCACUGGCAGCAGUUCGGUUCGGUUUGUUUUGCCUUCGCUUUGUGCAACUCCGCGCUUGUGUUUCUCUUUGGGCAAAAAGAAAUUUUCUCCUCCCUGCUUGUGUGGGUUUUGGGGACCGAUUCCCAGUGAAAAAGUGCGUUUGUUUUAUCAGUGUGAUUAAAUUUGGCCUGAUUUUCGGCUAGCUUCCGUGCACCACAUUCAACUAGAGUUUUGUAUCGGAUUUGCACAAAUACCAGCGCAGAACGGUGGAGUUUGGUGCCCCUUUUCGAAGCCUCCUCACCACGGAGAGACAUAACAACAUCAAAGGGAAAGGUUUUGCAGCGACUGACUGCUUAUAUUGGUUGGGAGUCAAUCUGGUAACCAAAACUGAUGAAGAAAGAGCUGCGAAAUUGUCCAGCUGGUUGUCGUCGCGGAGGAUUGGAAGUUCUGUUUUAUAGUGGAUUCGUGAGCCAAGUUUUACCUGUGGUGUGGAUGGCGGUUUAAAGCUCUUGUAAAGGUCAUAAGGCGUGUGUCAUCGCGAUCGCGCGCUCCAUAGUUUCCGGAUUACGAUCAGCUCGCAAAGAGGCCCCCGAAAAAAAGAUUACGACUCACGACCACGGGGACCGGCCACCGCUUUUUUGUUUUGCAGGUUGAGAGAGAUCAGCGGCGUGUCGCGAUCGCACACAGUUUUGGUGCGGCUAUUGCUAAUAUCCGCAUCUUCUGCGAUCGCGAAACAAGGGGCAAAGAAGAAACCGCAACAAACACCGUGGACAAACGGAAAGCGCCAAAAGCCCAGGGACGGAUGCGCGCGGAUGGCCAAAACUAAAGUUCGAUCACCUUAGAUAUUUCGGUUGCAGGUCGUGGUCGUCGUCGUCGUCGUCUUUGUGGCUGCAGAGCACUUGCCGUAAGUCUUUCGACGCGAUCGGACGCGAGUUUUAGAGUCGCUGGCCACCGGUUGUGUUUCUCAAGGCCUGUUGAAGAAUAAAGCGUCCGAGGGGAAUUAAUUACCAAGUUUUCGACAACGAUAAGUGCAAUAAGCGAAGAAUUAUGAUCGUGAUCAUGAUGAUGAUGAUGUUGGGGUGAUGGUGAUCAGAUGAAGUGCUAUUGGAAAGUCAAUCAAAAUCGCUCCCAGUGAAGAUAUGUGGUGUCUUGUACGGGGUCCAAGUGCUACCAGUAGUGAGUUUGUGAAGCGAAAAAACGUCCACUUGGUUAUCGGUUUUGGUGGGUUCAAUCAGCGGUCGGUGAAAAUAACGGCUACCGGGGAAGAGAAGAAGAAGAAGACGACAGCUGUUUCGGCUGGAGAUUGAAAAACCGCAAACGAAAGCAACGAUCGACAACUACAACGAUCUACGACGACCGCGGUUGGUCGUUGGUGUGGUGUAUUAUAGUGGUGCACUAUACUCUCGCGAAGUGGAUUUAACAGAAAGGAGAGGGCUCAGCUGCUCGGUGAAUGAAUGAUGGAACCGCCGCGAGGGGCGCUCUUCCGGGAGAUCCACAAAAACACCUGGCUGCGACGGUUGAGCGGCGAUGGAAAGAGACCAUCUGUGCUGGCUGCUAAGAAAGCGGACCGUUACUGGGUCGUGUUCUGCGUCCAUGACGACUGCGAAGCGUUCCUCGAGGGUUACGUCGAUCCCCGGCAGGCGCCGUCCCACAGCCCGGAAUGGUCCCUCUCGCUGCAGACCGUCCAGCACAUCUCGCACGCCCUCGUUCCGGUCGAGCAGGAGUUCGAGUUCGUGAUAACUCUGAGCACCGAUGUGGCCCGGUUCAAUGCCAACACGUGGGAGUGCAUGCAGGAGUGGGUAGAUUCGCUGAGGUCGAAAUUGAGGGAGAUGAAACUGCUGUCGCCCAAGGAGAAUCUAUACUCCAAACUGCCGGAGAUCAGGCCGCCGUUGGCGCCCACGCGGGAUCCUACAUCACCCUUACCGGCAACUCCUCCGGUUCCGGCGGCCAUCGUACCGGGAAUCGAACGUGUUCAACCGGCUUCCCUACAGCUACACCAUCACACUCCAGCCUCCUCUCAACCUUCCAGCAUUCCUCCGGUGGCGGUUCCUUCGACGAGUACUGCCCCAAGUGCAUCCUCCUCGUCAACGGCACACGUCCCGCCGCCAAUCACUGCCAUGUCCAAUACGUCAACGCAGAAUCUCAUGAACCUGCUGACGAAUCCGCUGCAAGCUGUGAGCAGCAUAAACAAUCAGCACAUUAGCAGUCAACACCUCUUCGAUGCCAUCUCGCUAGCAUCGUCCGAUCUCUCCGACGGAAGCAGCCUGGACGAGUACUCGAGCGAGCUCAUCAAACGAUUCAUAUCGAGUAAUAGUCCAUUAGCGUCACCGCCGCCACCAGCCUCAGGACCUGGCAGCCUUUUGGGGGCGGCGGGCCCAUCGACCAGUAGCAGUAGCGGUUCGUCCAAUUUGGGCAAACCUCAAAAACCGGUCAAGGAGAACGCCGCCGCCGCCGCUACCACCACCAGCAAUGCUUCGUCCUCUUUGGCCACAACCUUUGCGAACAACGUGCUGGCCGACCCGGGCACAACGUCACUCAAGCGGACGACGGACCAAAAAGUGCUGGUCGACGUGAAAGCGGACGAUUUUGCUGCUGCAGCGGCGGCCGAUAGUGGGAGUGAUGAGGAAGCUGACGCCAGCAACAGCUCCAGUACCGGCACCACCAGCUCCAGCAGCAGUAGUAGGAGCAGUAGUAGCAGCAGCAGUAGCAGUGCUAGCAGAAGUAGUGGGGGCAGUAGCAACAGGAGUGACAGAGCGAGGCGAAUCGUGAACGAAAGUGGCAAUGAAUCAUCGUUAUUAUCAACAUCACCACCGGUGGUGGGGGCAACCCAAUCCUUGGUCGCUGAACCCAGCAGCAGCACGAUGUCUUCAUCGUCGUUCUCCAAAGCAAGGCACACGAACCGAGACGACCCGAAGCGUACUCGCCGGAAAUCGGGCAACAAAUCGGCGAGCAAAUCUGCCUCUGCCAACGUCACCAUCAUCCAGGUGUCGAACGGGUCCAGCGACAGCGAGUCCCCCGUUAAGCUACUCGCGUCUCCUAAAGCGAAACAUCGCACCACCAAACCGGAACUGGUCAGCAAACUGUCCAACGGCAGUACCCUGAUCACCGAUGACCUGAGCGACGACAAUUACAAAAGCAACGUGCAAAUCAUUCCGUCCAACGUCGAAUACGACCACCAUGUUCAUGUAAGUCUGCAGGAUCACCUUCAUCAUCUCCAGGAACCGUCGAUCAUCGCCUCGAUCAACGAUCGGCAGAUCACAACCGUGAAAGUACCUAAUCUCGUUAGUAAUGGUAGCAGUAGUAAUUGUAGUAGUAGCACCAAUGUAACCAUCAGCUCAACUAGUGUUUCGACGGCGCAACCCACGGUCAUUGUUGCGACCUCUUCAACGCCCAUCAAGAGCGAUAGCAACUUCGGCACGGUUACGCAAAUUUCGGUAAACUCGUCAUGUGAUAGGCCUAGAACGCCUCCUCAGCAGCACUACGAGCAGGUAUUUCUACUUCCCUCACCCAUUCAAGUAGUCAACAAUCUGGAUCAGCCGAUUAGUCUGCAAUCGCCGCCUCAAAUAGCGUCGGGAAGUUCGGUCGCGGCCAAACUCAACAAAAGCAAGAUCAACCUCCUCAGCAAACAACCACGAUCGUCUAGUCAUUCCGAAAUACAGCUCAACCGAAUCAAGCAACUCCGAACAACCGGACAGGGAAACAAGGAGAACCAAGGCGACGGUGGUGUAGCAAGUUCCUCCGGACAAAAAAGCGGGAUUCUACCGUCGGCCAGCAGUCCCGCCGUUCCCUCCGGUGGCAAUCUAAGUCCUUCGAAGCGAACUCCCGUCGACAAGAACAUCUACACGCCUCAACCGCAAAGGCCCAUGUUGCAACGGGGCCUUACCGAGAUGGUGAUCAGUAGGUCAACCAACGUGGUCGCUGCCGGUGGCCGCGAUCCUGCUCGGGGACGGCAACCAUCGGCCCAACAAACGGCGGACAAAUUCCGGAACGAAAUCAACGAACAGAGGCGAAGAAGCUCAUCGACUUCGGAUGCGCAACCGGAAACUUCCGGCAACCCGGUCAUGCGGGCACGACAAAAUGGCGCGUCUCGGUUGCAAUCGCCACCGCAGCCAUUCCGACCGCACCACCAACUCAUCAACCAGCAGCUGGACUCGAUGAACGGAUCCAACCGGAAGAUGACCCUGCGGGAGCAACAGGUGAUGCAACUGCGCCGUGAAAUGAUGCACCCGGGUGGAGUACGGCUGCAGUUGCGCCGGAAGGAUUGCAUCAACUCGAUUGGGCUGGUGGAUGCGUUCGGGGCCGUUUGGGUUGCCGGGUGGAAGCAGAAGGAACAUCCGGUGCUGUACAAUGCGCUGCACAUCGGAGACCAACUGAUUUCGGUGGCCGGAAUGGCCAUUACGAGUGCCGCGGAAGCGCAUAAAGUGAUCCGCGGAGCACCGGGACUUUUUGUGGAAUUGAUCAUCCGAAGGGUACCGUUUGGACGGGUUUACGCCAUCCGGCGGGAACUGGAUGCGCAGUGUUUGGGUUUGAUCCGGGAUGGCAAUACCGCCACCAUUGUGGACGUGGUGCCGAAUAGUCUCGCGGCGAGGCACGGGUUGCCACCGAAGGCGCAAUCCUGCGACGGUCUAUCGCUUACCUUUUGGGUGCUGACGGAGAUCAACGGUCGACCGCUGAAUUUGUUCUUUAAGGAAAAUGAGAUACGGGACCGCUUGAAUGCUGUGGGACGAGACAUAUCGAUUUUGGUGCAACCAGCCGAUUUGGUGACCAAAUUGAAGAAGCAACUUAAAUCUCUGCGUGGCCACAAAGACUUCAUUGUGCAAUAGAAAGAACUUUCUCGAACAGGUAGGUACAGCGCUACGUCGAUAUUUAUUUAGUCAUACACAAUUUACCAGGAAGAGUAAUAAAAGAAAGCUGCCACUACCAUCAGAUCAGAUCAGAGUAUCGAACGCGUGACGUAUGAUCUGAACGACUUCGUGUCGUGUCAUACAGAAAACCGGAGCAUGUGUGAUAGAUCCUACCGCAAAGCUGCCUGCGGUAGGCUAGGGAUAUUUUACAAUUCUUAGUUUCUCGAAUCUACCUUCUGAAAAAAGGAAUGGUAUUAUCACAAAGUGUUUGUUUUUCGUUUCGAAUUUAGCCUCGUUUUUCGAAUAUAAACAAUUCCAAAAAAAGUCGUAAAAACUAGCAACCUUUAGGCGCAUAUUAAACAAUUAACAAUACAAAUCAAAGAAACUUAAAAGGCUGUACUAGUGAACGGUGAAAGUUUAUAUAUUUAGACACUGAUAGCAAACAAACAAGGAUGUACUCUGAUAUCAAUGAGGAGACGCUGAUAUGUUCAAAAUUUCCCAAUUCGUAGUUCAACUUUAGGGCGCAAAAAUUUCCUCCCUCGAAAUAUAGGCACUAGUAAGUUUAGAGAAUUAAAAUUUUAGAAACUUUCGUACUAUUCCGGAACUACCUUUUUCCUGUUCGCGGAACUAUUAUUUUCAGUAGAGAAGUCAUAAUUCGCGAUUCGCUGCAAGGGAUAUACUUAUAAAUUAGAAUUAAAAUC